AUGUCUCCACCAGCAGAAGAACCCAGAUUGGGGCAGGAGGAGCUGGAGCUGGAGCCAGAGCCAGAGCUGCAGCAGCAGCAGCAGCAGGAGGAGGAGGAGGAGAAGGAGGAGGAGGAGGAGAAGGAGGAGGAGGAGGAGAAGGAGGAGGAGGAGGAGAAGGAGGAGGAGGAGGAGAAGGAGGAGGAGGAGGAGAAGGAGGAGGAGGAGGAGAAGGAGGAGGAGGAGGAGAAGGAGGAGGAGGAGGAGAAGGAGGAGGAGGAGGAGAAGGAGGAGGAGGAGGAGAAGGAGGAGGAGGAUUGGGAGCAAGAAUGGCAGAUGCAUGACGGUGAGGGGGAGGGGAGGGGGAGACCUCUGGCAUUGAGGAGUUGGAUGAGGAGAUUGAUCUUAAGUCAAGAAUGA